CAAGUCGACGCUCGGGCCGUGUGGUACCCUUUCCAGUUCGCGUCCCCUACUCGUGAGCAGCAGGUGUGUUGUGCGUCGCUCGUUCUGUAGUUCGUUUAAAAAAAAUAGACGUCUCUACAUCCAGAUGUUAUGAUGUAAAAUCGACGUAGAGCUACCGAAAUUUAGGCUGUGCAUUUUGUAAGUUAUCGAAGCGGUAGACGUCGACGAAUUCUCGGCGGGCGGAGUAACAGUUACUUUUGAAAAGAGGUAGAAGAAAGGGACCAAGAUGGCGAUCUUCGGUAUGGCCUCGGCGGUGGCGGGCUUCGUCAAAGUCCGCUACCUCAUCGACAAGGCUGUCAUCGACAACAUGGCCUUCAGGAUGCACUAUAGGAUAACAUCGGCCAUCAUGUUCCUGUGUUGCAUACUCGUCACCGCUAACAAUCUCAUUGGUGACCCAAUAUCCUGCAUCAGCGAUGGAGCCAUUCCCGGACACAUCCUGAACACAUACUGCUGGAUCACGUACACGUUUACCCUUCCCUACAGCGGGUCCAGCAAAUACGCGCAUCCAGGUCUAGGAAAUGACUACGAGGAAGAGAAACGCCACCAUUCCUACUACCAAUGGGUGCCGUUUAUGCUGUUCUUCCAGGGAGUACUCUUCUACGUGCCCCAUUGGAUCUGGAAGAACUGGGAAGAGGGGAAAGUACGCAUGAUCUCCGACGGUAUGCGCGGUGUGAUGGCUAACAUGGCAGAUGACAAAUCCAACCGCCAGAGUCGCCUAGUCCAGUACCUAUUGGACACGCUGCAUAUGCACAACACCUACUCCUUUGGCUACUUCUUCUGUGAAGUCCUAAACUUCGUUAAUGUCGUUGGCAACAUUUUCUUCCUAGACACUUUCUUGGGUGGUGCGUUUUUGAGUUAUGGUACUGACGUGGUCAAGUUUUCCAACAUGAACCAGGAGCAACGAACGGAUCCUAUGAUCGAAGUGUUUCCCCGAAUGACGAAGUGUACAUUCCACAAGUUCGGUCCUUCGGGAUCCAUUCAGAAGCACGACGCGCUGUGCGUUUUGGCGCUCAACAUUCUGAACGAAAAGAUCUUCAUUUUCCUGUGGUUCUGGUUCAUCAUCCUAUCGGUGGUAUCUGGUUUGGCCUUGGUGUACUCCGCAGCUGUGAUCCUGCUGCCCAGCACUCGAGAGGCCAUUCUCAAGCGCCGGUUCCGCUUCGGGACUCCCAACGGCGUGGAGGCAUUGGUUAGGAAGACUCAGGUUGGUGAUUUCCUUUUACUCCAUCUAUUGGGCCAGAAUAUGUCUCUGCGUGUGUUCGGCGAAGUGUUGGACGAACUAUCGCGUCGAAUCCACAUGGAAUCCAACGCACCUUCUGCUCCAUCUACACUAGAAAUGGCACCAAUCUACCCCGACAUCAAAUACUCGAAAGAGACGGAAACAUAAAAAGAGUAUAUCCGACUUUAUAAUACUUUGACAUCUGAGGUUUACUUAUAGAGCAACCGCGAUUAGUGCUAUCUCUUUAUUGGUGAGUGAAAGAGCAAAACAGAAGCACCGUAAGAAUUGACAAACUUUGCUCUAUAGGUUAUAGCUCGGUAAAAAGACUAUGUUAUAUUUUGAGAAAACGAUACAUCUGCCAAUCAAGUUUUUUCAAAAUAUAAUAUAUUUGUAUCUUUUCGAUACACCUCGUAUACUGCAUGUUAUUUUUUAUUUUCCUUUAAGUUCAAUAGCAUAGAAAAUAAUAAAAUUCAUGUUCAUGACAUUCCUUUACCGUAGACUAUUUUUGCCAUUUUAUACAAUACAACGACUAGUUUUUGUACGAUUUAUUUUAUUGCUAACAUACAAUUUAGACAAUUAUUGUUAUAUUCCAUACUAAUUUGGUUGAAGACUGUUAAAUUGUGUCGUUUUAAUGGAAUGGCCAAAGUAUUGAGAUGUAUGCGUGUUGGGCACAAGUUGGUUAUCAAAAUAUUUUAUGACAUUUUUGUAAAAAAUGUAGAUUUUUUACAAGAUACAUAUCAGGUGACAAAAUUAGUGUAAUAUUUUAAAAUAUUUUUGUAAAAUAAUAUAAUAACAAAUAAGUUUGCAGUACAAAAACUUGUACUAUUAAGACAAUACAGUUAUGUAUGACACUUAUUCGCUUGCCUUUAAGCUUAUGUUAGAUUUAAGCAGGAAUCGUGCCUUCAAUUAUAGAAGGAUUAUUUUAAUUUAACCAUAGAUUUUAGCAUAAAUUUAUGCGUCAAGUUCCUAUGAAAUAAUUGAAAGUUUUAAUGAGAAGUGUAACUCGAGAAACAAUCUUGAGAGUUCAAUAAUAUUGGAUUAAAUAUUUUGUAAAACAUGUUUUACAGAAAGUUACAAAAUAUUUAGACAUAAGAUAAAAAUGUAAUUUAAUUUAAAAUAAUACUUCUGUAAAGUGCUGGCCGGUUCCUAGGUGCAACAAGGGCCUAUUCGAGUCCACUCAAUUGUGCCAUCAGAUGUUUAGCGAAUAUGUGACGAAAUGCAUUUGUUUAAAAUUAAAUCUUCCUAUUCUUUUAGGUUAAUGUUUUAGCUGUAGUUAUAAGUAGUAGUAAAUUGACUUCCAAGAAUCUCGGAAAUAGAUUAGUUACAUAAAUAUUAGUGUAAGUCCGGAAUGAUUUUAAUGUAUGUUUAAAGCGCAAAUGCAGUUUAUUAUGAGAUCGUGAGUCAUAUUUUAUAUAUUGAUUUUUGCUUUUAUUUUUCCUACGUGUAUAUGCAAUUAAGUAUACGUAAGAAUGUAUUGUUAUCAUAAUAAAUUUUCGAUUGUCAACCGCAAGUAUAAAAAGACAUAGUUCUAGUAUUUUUAUCAUUCCUAUAUUUUCAUAAUAACAUCAAGACUGUUCAUGUGACAAUACUGAAAAUUUGAAUUUUUAAGUGAUAUUGAA